AUCUCUCAUCUCUGCCUGUGCUUGAUGGAUUCUUCAAUGCCAUCUUGUUUUCAUUCCACCCUUCAUUUAACACUUCCUUUGACUAUUUGUUUCCCCCACUCUCUUCUUCCCACUCCGCCAUUGAAGCCCAAUAUAUGCUAGCCUGCUGUAUAAAUUAAAGUAACAAACUUUACAUACAUUAUUCUGCAUUUGUACGGUGGCGCGUGGGUGGAAAUAUGGUGAUAAUGGAAGGGAUUCAGGAAGACAUGGGCGAUGGUAGCAUGCAGUGUGCGAAUCAUCCGUACAAGAACAGCAGCCCGGGAGGGGUUUGUGCGCUUUGUCUUCAAGAAAAGCUUGGGAAGUUGGUUUCUUCCUCUUUCCCUUCAGCCAUUUUCCCCUCUUCUUCUUCUUCCUCUUCCACCCCUUCUGUUAGAUCUGAGCUUGGCGGCGGAAUGGCCGCCGGCGGCGGCGGCGGUGCUACUGCUUCAUCUCAGCCUGUUCAGACGGCCAACAAGGCCGGUGAGGGUGAUCAUCAUCAUCAGUUUGAGUCUGCUGCCAGGAAACCCAGAAUACCCUUUCAGAGGAGGAAGAAGAAGAGCAAUAACAAUGGCGAGUCUUCUUCUUCUGCUACUGUGUUCAAGAGAAGCAAGUCUGCAACCACUCCAAGAAACAGGAUGGGUUUCUUGGAAGGAGAUGAGAAUGAUAAUGGAGAUGAUAUUAGCCCUAGGAAAAGGGGUUUCUGGUCAUUCCUCUACUACUCAGCAUCCAAGAAAAUUGAGAAGCCUGCAAGCAUUAAAGAUGCCAGCUUUCCCUCAUCAUCUGCCUCUGGGAAUGGUUCAAUGGUGGUGAGAGACAAGAAAAGAGAGAGCUUUGCAGUGGUGGAGGAGAAUGAGAGGUCUGAUCAGAGUAGCCAUGAGAGAAAGGUGUCAAGGUCCAGAUCUGUUGGGUGUGGGAGCAGGAGCUUCUCAGGGGAGUUCUUUGAGAGAAUCUCAACUGGUUUUGGGGACUGCACUCUAAGAAGAGUUGAGUCUCAGAGAGAAGGGAAGCCCAAAGCUCCCCCUUCUGUUCAACACAGGAACAGUGGGGCUUCUGGCCAAGAUUGCAUCAGGGAAAGAGUGAAAUGUGGAGGGAUUUUCAGUGGCUUCAUGAUCAUUGCAUCUUCUUCAUCUUCCUCAUCAGAUUGGGUUUCUUCUGAAGAGAAUAAGGCCACAAAUAAUCCUACAAUCCCACCUGCAUCUGUGGAUCAUCAUGGAAGGAGCAAGAACUGGGGAUGGGCACUUGCAAGUCCAAUCAGAGCUUUUACCAGCAAGCCAUCUACUGGGAAAACAGAAGCUUCAAACAAGAACACAACUCCCAACUUGGCUGCCAUUCCUUCUUUGUUGACUGUCAGAAGCUAGAACAAUGGCUUUGCCCCAAUGGAGUAAAUCACUAUAGAAAUUUUUUAAAAUUUAAUCCUCUUCUUUAAAAUGUGUUUAUUAUUAUUAUUAUCCUUGUUUGACAAUGUUCAGUAACCUUUCCCUCCCUCCCUAAGUUGAUAUUUAUGUCUAUUUCAUCUUUCUUUUACUGUCAACACUGGGUUUGGAUUCCAUUCAUGGAGUUCAUGUCUGUUUCCAUAACCACCUGAUUCUUGGAUGUGAUGAUCCAAUCCAGUUAUGUAAUUUGCUCAUAGCAACAUUAUCAUCAAUAAGAAUAAUUGUUCAUUUUGCCAAUGA